AAAAGCUUACUUGCUCUAGCAGUCGGAAUCCCACAAAAACAAAUUGUGAAUGAAAUUGUUGAAAAGUUCCUCAGCAACAAUUUCACUGUAAUGCUCUUACACUACGAUGGAAUUGUCGAUGAAUGGAAUGACUUGGAAUGGAGCAAUCGAGUCUUGCAUGUCUCAGCUAUGUAUCAAACAAAGUGGUGGUUUGCUAAACGUUUCUUACACCCGGAUAUAGUCGCGGAGUAUGAGUACAUCUUUAUUUGGGAUGAAGACAUUGGAGUUGAACACUUUCAUCCUAGAAGAUACUUGGAAAUUGUUAAAAGGGAGGACCUUGAUAUUUCACAACCUGCACUUGGUGACAACAGUUCUUUUCACUACAUCUUCACGAAACGUCAGAGCCAAAGAGAAGUGCACAGGCAUGUGUUGAGAGUUUUUGAUCUCUCUCAGAAUUGCACCGAGAAUGCUACUCAAUUUCCAUGCACAGGGUUUGCAGAAAUUAUGGUUCCUGUGUUCUCAAGAGCUGCAUGGAGAUGUGUAUGGUCUAUGAUUCAAAAUGAUUUGGUUCAUGCUUGGGGCAUAGAUUUUAAGUUUGGUUAUUGUGUUCAGGGCGACAGGACCGAAAAGAUUGGCGUGGUGGAUAGCGAAUACAUUGUGCACAAGGGGCUUCCUACACUCGGAGGAAAAGUAAUAAAGAGAUGCGUCGCCGAGAUGAAUACUUUUCACAAGAGAUGGCAACAGGCUGCAGACAAAGACUUGUGCUGGACUGAUCCAUACAAACCUCGGAACGAAUAA